CUCUCAAUUUCCUCACACAAUUUUCACUCUUCUCGCCUAUAUAAGUUCACAGAUUAAAAGGCGAAAAAAAAAAAGGAAUGUUAUGCUGUUGAAUUGAAGCUAGACAAUUCUCCUAAAAAAUUAGACCAAACCUUCAACCUGCUGAACCAUCACCGCACCUUCACUGACAAUCCAAGAGCCAAAACUCUCACAGAAACCUCUGUUGAAUUUCAUCUUCGUGUAUCACUUCCAGCAACCUGAUGGCAUAGACUUCCCGAUUUAUUUUCGGAGGAGAAGAAGGAGCAUAUCUAUUACCUCUGGUUUUCUUUAUCGUCGGUGUCGAAAUUCUCGGACUAGCUCGGAGCUUCACAAUAGCACAAGACUGUAUCUUUUUUCGUUCAGCAAAGCUUCGCCUGCACCGCCACCGUCAAGUCAUUGCGCCGCCGUCGAAUUUUCUCCAUUACAAAUCAAAAGAUGAUGAUUGUUCUCAAAGACAUUGUGCCUGCUGCUCAAAACAACAUAGACACUAAAUUUAUAAUGUUGGAGAAAGGGAAGACAGCACUUGAAGGGCAGAAUAAAGUGUGUUUGGCUCUGGUAGCUGACGAGACUGCGGCGGUUCAUUUUCAGCUUUGGGGAGAUGAGUGUGAUGCUUUUGAUACAGGUGAUAUCAUUUAUCUAACCAAUGGCAUAUUUUCCUACCAGCGCAGCAACCUUAUCUUAAGGGCGGGUAAGAGAGGGAAGUUAGAGAAGAUAGGAGAGUUUACUAUGUCCUAUGUUGAGACACCAAACAUGAGUGAGAUUCAUUGGGUUCGAGAUUCAACAAAUUCUAAGUAUAUGCAGGAGCGUGUAAUAUCUCCCCAUUCACGGAUUUUCCCCCCAAUUUUGUAGUUUGAUAUGCAUUUUUACUUGCAGCAAAAGUUACCAACUUGUUUGUUGAUAAACCUACCUGUUAGUUUUACUUGUACACUCUCAAUCACCUUGCAAAAAGGAAGACGGUGUUUUUUA